UGUGUCGGGGACAGCUGUGCUACGUACCUACGCUCUGCUCUGAGUCGUGGGAGAGAGUGAGAGACAAUGUGUUUAACUGCCAGUGCUAAAGUGUAUUCUUUGUGCUGUCACAUUUUUCUGUUUUAAAGGAUCUUCGUGACACAAACUCCAGAAUGGGAUUCUAUUGACGUUUUGUAGAAGACUGGAAUCCCUGAGUUUAGAGAGAUGGCCACAGCCAGUGGGGCCCCCAAAGCAAAGUCCAGUGAGGUGCGCUUCUCUGAAGCAGCCACUUCGUCCUGUCGCGUCCACUUUGAAGACAAGCUGAACGACUCGCUUGUCAUGGUGACACCGAUGCCAGACAGGAGCUUCCUGGUGAAGGUCGGCUUCCUGAAGAUCCAGCACAAGUAUGAGAUCAUGUUCACACUGCCUGAGACCCCGAGCCUGGGGAGGGAGGUGUGCACAACACCACUGCCCAACCUGCACCUGAGAGUCACCGACAUCACCACGCUGUCCCAAGGCGGCUACAGAAUCACAUGUGAGUACAUAGCCCACCAGGAAGGGGUCCUGAAGGAGGAGGUGUCCCUGAUCAGUGAGACCAGUGAGAAUGCCUGUGUGAAAGUGAUUGUGCAAGCGAGGGUCCUGGACUGGCGCCACGGCACGCCCAUGCUGCUGGAAGGAGUGCGGUGCAUUGGUGCUGAACUGGAGUACGACUCUGAGCAGAGCGACUGGCAGGGAUUCGAUUAGAACCACGACCAGGGGGCGCAGCCAAAAAAACAACGCGCAUUUCCUUUUUCAAUCUUCAAAACAAAAAACUUUCAAGGUUGUUCAUUUCCUUAUUUAAAAAACAUGCAUUUUCACUAUGCAUGUG